AUGCUGCUGCCUCUGCUGUUGUCCCUGCUGUGGGAAGGGACCCAGGCUCAGGACUGGGAGUACCAGCUGCAAGUGGCAACCCCCGUGACGGUACAGGAGGGCCUUUGUGUCUUCGUGCCCUGCUCCCUCACCUACCCCCAGGACGGCUGGACUUCUGGUACCCCGGCUUACGGCUACUGGUUCAGAAGGGAGACCCACACGGUUUCCGGUUUCCCAGUGGCCACAAACCAUCCGGAUAGGGAGGUACAGGCGGACACCCAGGACCGAUUCCUGCUCAUGGGCGACCCCAGCAAGCGCAACUGCUCCUUGCUGCUCAGGGAGGCGCGGAGCGAAGACUCGGGCUUGUACAUCUUUCGGCUGGAGAGAGGGCCUCAAGUGAAAUACAAUUUCAAGCAGUGGCUCUACCUGGAGGUGACAGCCCUGACUCAGAAGCCUGACGUCUUCAUCCCCGGGAUGCUGGAGCCCGGGCAGCCGGCGAACGCCGUCUGCGUGUUUAAGUUGACCUCUGAGCACUGUCCAGCCCCGACCUUCUCCUGGACGGGGGCAGCCGUCUCCACCCGAGCAACCCAACCGCUGCGCUCCCACUUCUCGGUGCUCAGCCUUACCCCCCGGCCCCAGGACCAGGGCACCGGGCUCACCUGCCACGCAGACUUCUCGGCAAAGAGCACCCAGGAGACGGUCCACCUGCGCCUGGCCUAUGCUCCCAAAGACCUCGUCAUCAGUGUUUCUUGGGACAAGGCAUCAGCCCCAGAGCCCCUGGCAGGCGUCCCUCUCCUGGAAGCCCCGAAAGGCAGGUCCCUGCGGCUCCUCUGUGCGGCCGACAGCCAGCCGCCCGCCACGCUGACCUGGCUCCUGGGGGACAGAGUCCUCUCCCGCUCCCUGCCCUCGGGCCCCACGUCCCUGGCGCUGGAGCUGCCCGGGCUGAAGCCUUCGGAUUCGGGGCACUACACCUGCCAGGCUGAGAACGGGAGGGGCUCCCAGAGCCGCAGCCUAGACCUUGUGGUACAGUAUCCUCCGGAGAGCCUGACAGUGAUGGUUUCCCAAGGAAACAGGACAGUUCUGGAAAACCUUGGGAACGGCACGACCCUCCCCGUCCUGGAGGGCCAGAGCCUGCGCCUGGUCUGCAGCACCCGCAGCCAGCCCCCAGCCCAGCUGAGCUGGGCCCGGGGCACACAGACGCUCAGCAGCUCGCAGCCCUCAGAGCCGGGGGUCCUGGAGCUGCCGCAGGUGCAGCCGGAGCACGAGGGCGCGCUCACCUGCCUCGCCCGGAACCCGCUGGGCUCCCUGCGUGUUUUUCUGAGUCUCUCUGUUCAACAGCCCCCACAGCUGCCGGGCCCCUCCUGCUCCUGGGAGGCCGGGGGUCUGCGCUGCAGCUGCUCCUCCCGAGCCCGGCCCGCCCCCUCCCUGCGCUGGCGGCUGGGGGAGCGGCUGCUGGAGGGGAACAGCAGUGGCAACAGCAGCCACGCCUCCUUCACCGUCACCUCCAGCUCCGCCGGGCCCUGGGCCAACAGCUCCCUGAGCCUCCGCGGGGAGCUGGGCUCCGACCUCAGGCUCAGCUGUGAGGCCCGGAACGUCCAGGGGGCGCAGAGCGUCACCGUCCUGCUGCUGCCAGAUGAGGGCCUGGCCUCCAUGGCUCUCUCCAAGGGGGUCUUCCUGGGCAUCGGCGUCACCACCCUCUUCUUCCUCUUCCUCAUCCUGAUCAUCGUGAAGAUGCUAAGGAAGAAGCCGGCCCAGCCAGCGGUGCCGAGAGCCAAGGUGUCGCGGAGCAGCACCAUCCUGGACUACAUCAACGUGGUCCCCAAGACAGCUGGGCCGAUCGUUCGCACUCAGAAGGCCAAGCCGGGCAGCCCUUCUCAGCCCCCUGCUCCGGGCGCCCACUCCCCAGAACCCAGGAGGAAGCAGCAGGGGCCCCACGGCCCAGCACCCACGGCGCCCCCGCAAGCCCCGCGGUCUGCGUGUGGCCAGGAAGAACUCCAUUACGCCGCUCUCAGCUUCCCAGGCCCCAGACCGUGGGACGCCUCCACGUCCACCGAGCCUCACGUGGACUACGCCGAAAUCAAGUUCCACUGAGGGCUUCAGAACCGGGCGCUGCCGGCGGGUCGGGGGAGGUACAGCAAUAAACGGGUUGUAGCGAGCA